AUGGGAGCUGACGAUAAGCCUGAUACAUACCGUUACAAUGAGGUGCCAGUUUAUACUACCUCCAAUGGCUGCCCGGUCAUGGACCCGGAGUCUUCACAGAGAGUCGGCGAGAAUGGGCCACUACUCCUGCAGGACUUCCAUCUCAUCGACCUACUAGCACACUUCGACCGUGAGCGUAUCCCCGAGCGAGUCGUACAUGCAAAGGGGGCUGGAGCAUACGGUGAAUUUGAAGUCACAGAUGAUAUUACCGACAUCACAAUAGUUGACAUGCUCAAAGGCGUAGGCAAGAAGACGAAACUGCUAACCCGCUUCUCUACUGUGGGUGGUGAAAAGGGCUCUGCCGACAGUGCGCGAGACCCUCGCGGCUUCGCUAUCAAAUUCUACACUGAAGAGGGGAAUUUGGACUGGGUCUUCAAUAACACACCCAUAUUCUUCCUACGUGACCCUUCCAAAUUUCCCAUCUUCAUCCAUACCCAGAAACGGAACCCGCAGACAAAUCUCAAAGACCCAGAUAUGUUUUGGGAUUAUUUGUCCACGCAUCAAGAGUCUGCCCAUCAAAUCAUGCACCUGUUCUCGGACCGUGGAACGCCUUACUCUUAUCGCCACAUGAACGGCUACUCGGGCCAUACAUACAAGUGGAUCACUCCCGACGGAGGCUUCAACUACGUUCAAAUCCACCUAAAGACAGAUCAGGGUAUCAAAAACUUCACCAACGAUGAAGCAGCCCGUAUGUCCGCUAAGAACCCCGACUGGCAUACGGAAGAUCUUUUCAAUGCUAUUAAAGCCGGCAACAACCCUUCUUGGACAUGCUAUGUUCAGGUCCUCUCACCAGCUGACGCCGAGAAAUUCCGCUGGAACAUUUUUGACCUUACCAAAGUCUGGCCACACGCUGAAGUUCCCCUCCGUCGCUUUGGCCGUCUCACCCUCAACAAGAACUUACAGAACUACUUUGCCGAAAUGGAACAGGCCGCUUUCUCACCUUCCCAUGUUGUGCCGGGCGUCGAACCUUCUGCUGAUCCAGUGCUUCAAUCCCGUCUUUUCUCCUACCCAGAUACCCACCGUCACCGCUUAGGCACAAAUUACACCCAAAUACCUGUAAACUGUCCCCUGAAAGCAUUUACGCCUUAUCAACGAGACGGACAUAUGUCAGUCGAUGGUAACCAUGGCGCGAAUCCCAACUACCCAUCUAGCUUUAGGAAAGUGGAAUUCCGGCCCAUUCGCGCCAGCCAGGAGCACGAGAAGUGGGCUGGGGCUGUUCUUUCGAAGCAGCUCCCUGUCGUAGACGAGGAUUUUGUGCAGCCAGGUAGACUGUGGGAGGUUAUGGGCAAAGAUAAAGGCCAACAGGAUAAUUUCGUAGGGAACGUGGCAGGCCAUUUGGCAGGAGCAAACGCACACGUUAGAAAGGCAACGUAUGGGAUGUUCAGCAGAAUCAAUAAGGACCUUGGUGGGAGAAUACAGCAGGCAACUGAGAAGGAGGUCUCAGCCAAACCACAGCCACGUCUUUAG